AUGCCUGAACAAUGGAGACUAGAACACAUCUGUCGGAGAUAUCGCCCUCGCCUGAAGGCCACUUCAUCUGUGUAUGAUAGACCCCCUGCUAGAACACUUGGCUUUCCGAUGGAGGAGAAUUUGAUUACGACCAAACUGCUGAGACGUUUGCCGUUGGAGGUAAGUUAUCCGAUUCUCUCACCAAAGACAUCUAUUAUACAUGAACAACGAUAUUUCUUUAGAUACUUUGUUGUAUUGCCGACCGUUUGCCUGUCUUCGAACAGAUUACAGCUUACCAUUACUUGGGCAACAACUUUGCUGUUAAAAACAAAAGACUUGAAGAGAUGUGGCGCUUGAACCGCGACGUACAAAGCAGAAGUCUGGGUAUUGAAGGGUUGUAUUCGUAAGUGGAGCCGUUUUUAAUUCACUAAAAAUCUUACAGGGGAAGUACUCGAAGCGGAACAUUCAAUUGUGUAAUCUGGGCAGUCUUUUAGAUUAAUUUUUAGUGCAAAAUUGAUUGAGUUAUGACUCCAGAAUGCAGAAAAGUUUUUACAAAAAAUAAUCCAUUUUUUACACGGAACUGACAGAUUUAUGGCCAAAAAAGGCGUUUUAUCUGUGACCGCUCUCCGCAUUUCGCGUACUCUCUCGGCCUGAAAGUAGUCAAAGAUAACCACCUUGUAACAAACUUGUUUCAGUCUGCUAGCAAACUCUGGGGACGCGGCAGCAUUUGCUCCCCAUCCGCCUGAAACUAUCAAUACAUUCCUCUACGAGACACUGCAUGCAACAAUGGCGAUGAGAUCAGUAGUCCGCCUCUUUUUCACUUUCCAUUACGCCGAUUUUGAUGAGGAAAUCAUAUGCGCAAGCCACUCAUCUUAUAUAAGCUGGGGGGCCAUCACGGUUCGGGCACAAUUCGUGAACAAUGACAAAGCAUGGAUUGGUUGCACACCUUGUACAGUUGUAAUGGAGUAUGAAACUAGAGACAUAGUAGGUUUAAAAGUAGAUUUUUAAAGAAUUUAGCACCUCAGAUUUUAUCAGAAUCCAAUCACAGCUUAUGUCGUUUCAGGGCCGCUGGCUUGGCGCGUUCUACGAGAAAGAAUCGAACAAGCUGUACUACGUGACACACGACGAAGACCUCACCCCUAAACAGAGGAGAGUCCGCUUCAGCUAUGUAAUACCCGGCACUGAAGAGCCCACAUUUCUCUUUACGGCGCCGAUUCCAUGCAACCCUGUGAAGCCUGUACGACUCUCAGUACAAGGCGACCAUUUAUUCUUCUUUACGCCAGACAAUUAUUUCUGGCAUUUUAUGGGAUAUUAUAAUCUACAAACGGGGAAAUAUCACUCGAAGACGGUCGGAAAUAGGGGUUUCGAUGUUAUCCAGCACCGUGACCAGGUUCUAUGCUGCUUCUCUGACUCCAUCGAGCUGAACAGUUGCCGGUUCAAGGUUCUGCGGCAUGUCGACACGAACCCCGACAAACGGGCGUCCACAUAUUUUGAGAGAAGCCAAAAACUCAACGACCAUACAUGUGUCUAUGUGGAGGACAAUAAAUUGAAGGCAAGUUGA